GGCAGCCGCAGAAUCAGAUCAAUCAGCAGCGCACGCAGCUUCGGCUUAGCUUAAUAAGCUCCCGGUGCGCGUCCACAAAACAAAUAAUCCGAAGAGAAACACCAUCCAAUCCCCUGCCAUCUCCCACCUCCUCCUAAAACCCUAGGGCGCCAAACCCAUCGCCGCCGCCACAAUGCAGGCCGCCGCCGCCGUCCACCGGCCCCACCUCCUGGCGCCGUCCCCGCUCCGGGGCCGCACCCGGCGGCCGUCCACCGUCCGCAUGGCGCUCCGCGAGGACGGCCCGUCCGUGGCCAUCGUGGGCGCCACGGGCGCCGUCGGGCAGGAGUUCCUCCGCGUCAUCGCCGCCCGCGACUUCCCCUACCGCAGCCUCCGCCUCCUCGCCAGCGAGCGCUCCGCGGGCAAGCGCAUCGCCUUCGAGGACCGCGAGUACACCGUCGAGGACCUCGCGGCGCCGGGGGUUUUCGAAGGGAUCGAUAUCGCGCUCUUCAGCGCCGGAGGAGGCGUCAGCCGCACUCACGCGCGUACCGCCGUUGCUAGCGGCGCUGUCGUCGUGGACAACAGCUCGGCCUUCCGGAUGGACCCCGAGGUGCCGCUCGUCAUCCCGGAGGUCAAUCCCGAGGCCAUGGCGAACGUCCGGCUGGGGAAAGGGGCUAUUGUGGCCAACCCUAACUGUUCUACCAUCAUCUGCCUCAUGGCUGUCACGCCAUUGCAUCGCCAGGCCAAGGUGUUAAGGAUGGUUGUCAGCACAUACCAGGCCGCAAGUGGUGCUGGCGCUGCAGCCAUGGAAGAACUCAAACUUCAGACUCAGGAGGUCUUGGCAGGGAAGGCACCAACAUGCAACAUUUUCAGUCAGCAGUAUGCUUUUAAUAUAUUUUCACAUAAUGCACCAAUUCUUGAAAAUGGCUAUAAUGAGGAGGAGAUGAAACUAGUGAAGGAGACCAGAAAAAUCUGGAAUGACAAGGAUGUAAGAGUAACUGCAACCUGUAUACGGGUUCCUACAAUGCGUGCGCAUGGUGAAAGCGUGAAUCUACAGUUUGAAAAGCCACUUGAUGAGGACACUGCAAGAGAAAUCUUGAGGGCAGCCCCUGGUCUGACCAUUAGUGAUGACCGUGCUUCCAAUCGCUUCCCUACACCUCUGGAGGUGUCGGAUAAGGAUGAAGUAUCAGUUGGUAGAAUUCGUCAGGACUUGUCGCAAGAGGAUAACAGAGGGUUGGACAUAUUUGUUUGUGGGGAUCAGAUACGUAAAGGUGCUGCGCUCAAUGCUGUGCAGAUUGCUGAAAUGCUACUGAAGUGAUUGCUUUUCUGCAUGCUUCUCUCAGUUCCUCACUGUUCUAGUCAUUGAUGGAUUGAAUACCCUGGUUAGUUUGAGCUCAGUUUUGGUCUAUACCUUCUUGUAACCUAUCAUCCUAGUGAAGUAACUGUAAGACCGGUUUUAGUUAUCUGUUGCACGCAAAAGCGUGGUCAGAAGUUGAGAAAAGGGGGUUCAUGGCUUGUUUCAGAUUUUGCCUUAGAUUCAUGUUCCUUGUGUCAAAUGCUUACUUCGUUGUUUGUCUGUGGAUCACGGAGCCAAGGGGCCAACCAGAUUUUGAGGUGCCAAACCAAGGUCUCUGAUGUCUGAUGUAACCUGGCCUAGAAAGCCCCGAGAUAAGUAGAUAACGCUGCCGGGUAGGAAGUAUACGAUGCUAUUUUUAUGAA